UUUUGGUGAUCCAAAGUAACGCAAAAUUUUCUUUUUCUUUUCCCAACCGAAAUACAAACCAAAUUUUCGUGGAAAAUGAGAGAAAUUGUUUCUAUGGUGGAAAGCUAGUGCUGUUUUUUUUUAAUCACUUGGGAUUCUCCGACAAUUCGCCGAUCUGACAUUUGCCUGAAUCGCCGGAAUCUCGCUUUUUUCUGGUUAAAUUUGUGAUCUCUGAACGGCAACCUGCGGCAAGAGUUUGUUGGAGUGGUUAUUAAUACUUAAUUUUUUCAAUCGCCUCUAUCAUCAAGGUUCCUGGAUCCGGUGGAAGUCACUCGUUGGUUUCCUCUGAAUUUGAGGUUUAAUCAUACGCUCGGAGUUUUUAUUUUUUAUUUGCGCUCGAUCCAUCUAUCUUGGCAUGGUUCCUGAGAUAUGGUCUUGCAGAAGAGAUUAGAGUACGGAUUUAAUGGCUAUCAAACACCAGCCACACCCCGAGCUACCCGAUCAGCUAGGAGGAGGGCUAAAUUUCAAAGAAGAGUGGAAGACAAUCGAAUGUGUGCAUUUGACUUAUUGGCCACCAUAGCUGGUAAUUUAUUACAAGAGAAAGGGAAUCCAACCAUCUCUUGUGAUCCAUCUUCAGAAAAGGAUCAGCUUGGAUUUGGUAAAGAGUGCCAAGAUGCAAAUAAACCAUUAAAAGCUGAGCUUUCUGAUGAAGGAAGUUGUGCCAAGAAAUGUUUCUCUCAUCCUUCUUCACAAACAAAAAAUCAAAAUUGUUGCUUGAAAGAAUCCCCACUUUUUGAAAUUGAUGGCAAUUCAGGCAUUGCUUCUAUAGUAUCAAGUUCAAGUUGCUCAGAGAGGUUAGCUGCAGAGGAAUUGGUGGAUAGCAAAAGUCAUAAGGAAAUGGAAAAUGUCACUACUAAAGUUGAAUUAGAUUCUUCUGGUUAUUCACAGGAUAGUCAUUUAAAGUUACAUGGUGAUACCAGUAACAUAAAGGAUGAACUGCAUAAGUUUGAGAAGGUGCCAGUUGGAAAUGGGACUGAGAUGUUCAGUUUUGAGGAUCCGUUGGAUGAAAAGCCUCCUGCAUUGAUCAGUUUAGGUGGCACUGCCAAGUUGUUUGAUGACAGGAUUCUCUGUAGCUCAUUGUCCAAAGGUUGUGACAAUGCACCAGUAGUUAGUAGAGAUAAUGACGAAAACUCUUAUGGGUGUACUCACCCUAGUUCAAAAACCAAGUCCUUUAGGCCAAAGACUUGUAUAGAUGCUGGAAGAAUAAGGAAAAUAUUGGCUUCUAAAUUUCAGAAAGUUGCUCAAAAAUCAAAGGUUGAUACACUUUCAAACAGGGAUGGAUCUUGGAAACAAUCUUACCAAAGUAAGAACUGCUCUAAACGACAUAGUUCUCAGAUGAAUAUUCCUUUCAAAAAGAGGAAGCUUUUUAAUUAUAGCUCUGUUUCAAAGUCCAAUGGAUUUAUCAGAAGUGGUGGCAUGUAUUAUUCACCUGAGAAUGGUAAGAAUCGAGAUGCUUCUGAUUCAUCUCCCGGGAUGUGCAAAGACCCAGGACUAUCAUCCUUGGAAGCAUGUCAACACUCUGCAUUAAGAUGUAGAGGUUCUCAUGUGAAGCUUAGGAUCAAGUCAUUUAGGGUGCCGGAGCUUUUUAUUGAGAUUCCAGAAACUGCAACCAUUGGUUCCUUGAAGAGGACAGUAAUGGAUGCAGUGACUGCUGUACUUGGAGGUGGAUUACACAUUGGUGUCGUUCUCCAGGGAAAGAAAGUUGGAGAUGACAAUAAAACUCUACUUCAAACUGGAAUUUCUCAUGAUAACCAGCUGGAUGCUUUGGGUUUCACCCUUGAGCCUAAUUCUUCACAAAGUGUACUGCCUGAAUUAGCUGCACAUUCUCCCCAUGUUCCUAGUGCAGACAUACCUCAGGCUCUAAUAAGGUAUCCUUCGAGUCCGGCUGCAAUUCAUCAGAGGAUACAAGGCAAUUCUGACAUGUUACCUGAGCAUCAACUAACUAGUUUAGGUAACAUUGUUGAAAGUGACCAUGAUUCAGUACCUUCUCCUAUCAAGGCAUCUGUUGACAAAGGGAUGACAGAUUCCAAAGAACUGGUAACUGUUCUUGAAAUGGGUAAGGAGAAGCUACCUGUGGUACCUGUGCUCCAGAAGUCAAAGCAAUCCGAGAUUGUUCAGCGCCGAAUUCGCAGGCCCUUUUCUGUAGAUGAAGUGGAAGCACUGGUUCAAGCAGUUGAGAAACUGGGAACUGGAAGGUGGCGUGAUGUUAAACUUUGUGCUUUUGAUAAUGCAAAGCAUCGGACAUAUGUGGAUUUGAAGGAUAAAUGGAAAACACUGGUGCACACGGCAAGAAUAUCCUCUCUACAAAGGAGGGGAGAGCCUGUUCCCCAAGAACUUCUGGAUAGGGUCUUAACUGCCCACUCAUACUGGUCCCAGCAGCAGUCUAAACAGCACCCAGAAACAACCUUAUCCUUUAAUAAGGGGUUGUCAGCAGCACGUGGCUUUGUAGAUGGUGUGGGUGUUUUGGUUUCUGACUUUUAUUAAAUUAGACUGUCUUUUUAAAGAUUUAUAUAUUUAUAUUUAUGAAAUCUCUGUUUAUAAAUUGUAAAUGAUUGAUGCAGUAAAGAGCUUGCUAACACAAUUCUUUUGAUGCCAAUUUGAUUGUAAAUAAUUUGAUUGCUGUGUGUAAAAGUAUUACUGCUUGGUAAUUGAAACCUGCGUUUG